AUAAUGGACAAUGGAAUGGUAAGGGUUAGCAUAUCAAAACCAGAAGGAUACGUGACUGCUAUUAACUAUGCUGGAGGAGUUGAUAACCUUCUUGAUCUCAAAUCAAAUGAAUCAAGCAGAGGGUACUGGGACAUUAAUUGGAGCUUACCUGGAGGAAGAAAUAGAUAUCAACUGAUCAAGGGAUCCGAAUAUAAUGUAAUAACACUGAGUAAAGAUCAACUGGAACUGUCUUUCAAGACUAUCUACGAUCCUUCUGUUCCUGGAGUUAGGCUACCCAUCACCAUUGAUUUGAGGUAUAUACUCAAGAGUGGUGUGUCGGGAUUCCAUUGUUAUGCCAUAUACGAGGUCCCUCCAGGAUCUGCUCAUGCAUUUGAUCUCGCCCAGACAAGAAUGGUAUUCAAGUUGCGACGAGAGAUGUUCCAUUAUAUGGCUAUAUCGGAUGAGAAACAGAGGAUUAUGCCAAUGCCAGAGGACUUGGAAAGUGGAAGAGGCAGAGAGCUAAUUGUGCCUGAAUCAGUGUUGCUUGUCAAUCCCAUUAAUCCGGACCUGAAAGGGGAGGUUGAUGAUAAAUACCAGUACUCCUUGGACAACAAAGAUGGUGGACUCCAUGGAUGGAUAAGCAGCUCUUCAGCUGCAGCUCCCAGCAUUAAUGAUCUCUUCAUCGGUUUCUGGCUCAUUUUCCCUAGUCAUGAAUUUCGUAAUGGCGGACCAACCAAGCAAAAUCUAACUGUCCAUACUGGUCCAUGCUGUCUUGCUAUGCUUCAUGGGACUCAUUAUAUUGGAGAGGAAAUGGUGGCUCACUUUGAGCAGGGAGAGACAUGGAGGAAGGUUUUCGGCCCAUUUUUCGUGUACCUUAAUUCCACCAAGGACGUCUCCAGAGCACACACCUUAUGGGCGGAUGCAAAACACCAGAGGCUGCAACAAGUGUCGGCAUGGCCUUAUGACUUCAUAUCUUCACCUUAUUAUCUCACAGCACAAGAACGCGGAUCAGUUUCCGGGCAACUGUUUGUCCAAGACAGGUUUGUUUCUGGUUCUCUUAUAGCUGCAAAAGAUGCAUUUGUUGGUUUAUCGACAGCAAGGACUGAAGGAUCUUGGCAGACUGAGAGCAAGGGGUAUCAGUUCUGGGUAGAAACAGAUGGAAGUGGAAGAUUUAAAAUAAACAAUGUAAUUCCAGGAGUAGGAAUAGUGUAUUGGCUUCAUGCAUGGGUUCCUGGUUUUAUCGGAGACUAUAUCUCCCAACAACCCAUCACGGUCUCUUCAAAUUCGGAGACGAAGCUAGGAAAUUUGGUGUACAUCCCUCCAAGAGACGGUCCAACAGUGUGGGAGAUAGGCUUUCCUGAUCGAACAGCUAUAGGUUUCUAUGUUCCUGAUGUCAAUCCAUUGUAUGUUAACAAGCUCUUUCUUCACAGCCCAGAAAAGUAUAGACAAUAUGGUUUGUGGGACAGGUACACCGAUUUGAACCCAGAAUCAGAUCAAGUUUUCACAAUAGGCAUCAGUGAUCCAAAGAAAGAUUGGUUCUUUGCUCAUGUGGACAGAAGGAGAUCAUCAGGAGUGGAGAAUAAAUAUGUGGCAACAACUUGGACUAUAAAGUUCAAGCUUGGUUCAGUAAGCAGGGGGGUGUACAUGCUGAGGAUAGCAAUUGCAUCUGCCACCCGCUCCGAUAUGCAGGUUCAGGUGAAUAAUAAUAGUAGCUGCUACAUGGAUCUGAAGGAGGAGGAAGCAGCAGUAAUAAUAGGGACAGACAACACAGUUUGCAGACAUGGGAUUCAUGGGCUUUACAGAUUAUUUAGUGUUGCAAUUUCCUCUUCAUCCUUGUUUGCUGAUGAGGAUAAUUCCAUUUUUCUUAUUCAAGCAAGGGGAGGAGAUGCACUUUGUGGUCUUAUUUAUGAUUACUUAAGGCUAGAAGCUCCUUUCAAUUAA